UCACUCAUGCUAAUGCCACUUGCCUUGCGGUGAAUAAACCAAAUAAGUGAAACUUUAUUUAUAAAUUUUGUGUACCGCUUAGUUUCUAGCGUGUUGAAUUCUAUAUUUAAAUACAUUGCAGCACUGAAUACACUAAAACAUGCCGAACAUAAAGUUACAGUCGUCCGAUAACGAGAUCUUCGAUGUCGAUGUUGAAAUUGCUAAAUGUUCCGUCACAAUCAAAACCAUGUUGGAAGAUCUUGGCAUGGACGAAGAUGAGGAGGAAUCCGUGCCGUUGCCUAAUGUAAACUCUGCUAUUUUGAAGAAGGUGAUCCAAUGGGCUACGUAUCAUAAAGACGAUCCUCCCCUACAAGACGAUGACGAGAACAAAGAGAAAAGGACGGACGACAUUUCAUCCUGGGAUGCUGAUUUUUUGAAAGUUGAUCAGGGAACCCUGUUUGAACUCAUCUUAGCGGCGAAUUAUUUAGAUAUCAAAGGUUUAUUGGAUGUGACAUGCAAGACGGUUGCAAAUAUGAUUAAGGGCAAAACUCCAGAGGAGAUACGCAAGACAUUCAAUAUCAAGAAUGAUUUCACGGCUGCGGAGGAAGAUCAGGUGCGCAAGGAGAAUGAGUGGUGCGAGGAGAAGUAAACCUUUGAUUUCAUCAGCUAUUUACAUAACUACAAACAACAAUAUUAUAAUGGAUGAGGACUUGGGAAAACAUACUAAUCUCUCCACAGAAUAGAAGAAGUCUAAUACUAUUGACACAAAUAAGUAUAACUAUAAUCAUAGUUGUGUGUUAAGGCGGGAUUCCACCAGUGUGUGGCACAAGCAUUUUUGUACUGAAUAUGCUUGAGCUGCACACUGGUGGAAUCCCGCCUUAAGACUUAUCCACAAACAUGUAAAUUUUUGUGUGUCAUAGUUUCCUUUAUCAUUUUUGUGCUUGUCAGGUAAGCUAUUUUUUGUUUUAAGUUAUAAUACAAUGUAGAGAACUACUCAUACAAAGGUACAUACAAUAAAUUAUUUGAUUCUGUGUGUCCAA